AAGGGAACUAAGCGAAGGAUUUCUCUGGUGAGAUUUACGCUGGAAAGAAAGGUCAUAUUUUUCUUACAUCGUAGGCGUUAAGUGUUGUUUUUUUUUCGAGGAGACACGCGUGUGAUCUCCCUCGGCGAAAAAUCCUGAGUCGAAUAGAUAGAAUUAGUUCAGGGCCAAUGACUGAAAAACUUGAUUCUUCUUCGUCCGCCCCGGUGGACGGUUGUCGGAGGAAUAUGGAGCAAUACGGGAGCGAUGGAGAUGAUGAACGGACAAGUGGACAGAGUGGAGGCGAAGCAGGUGAUGUGGAGUCUUCUACAGACAAGAAUGAUGUUCAAACUAGUGAAAAUGGCGCACUUGCCACAACAACCACUCAAUCGGUCUCUGACUGGAAACCUUUGCCCAUUCGCAAGAAACACCGCCGCGGGUCGAGGCGAAAUAAUAACAAACCUGGUAAGAGAUAUGUACCCUAUUCAAAACUUUCGUGGGAAGAGAAAAAACAGAGAGACGAGAGAGACACCAAGAGAGCAUUUAAAUUUCGAGAACAGUAUAUUAACGCUAAAGGGCGUCCGACUGCUCCUUACAAUACCACACAGUACUUAAUGGCUGAACACGAUCUUGAAGAACCAGAUUUAGGAACACACGCUCAUAUGCAGUCCGAUGGCGAGGAGGGAACUCCUUUGCGGAAAAGGGCUCCGUCUAACUCGUGUGACGAUUCAGAUUUCGACGACGAUUACAACGAAUCGCCCGAAGACGAAAUGUACGAACAGAAGUUCUUUGAGAAAGAUUUUACGGAGGCUUACGAGCAAGUUCAUAUUGAAAACUUGCAUUCAAUGAGCAAAAGCGAACUUGUGCGUGAAUUUAUGCUUCUAGAAGAACGCAUAGAAACCAUGGAAAUUAAACUUAAAGAAGCGGGUGGUAUGGGAAGUGCAAUUGCGAGACACACUUCGACGGAAGAACUUUCAGGGGCUUUAAACGGCGAUCACAGUUUGGACGCGGGUACGGAAGACUCUAAACCCAGAGACAAUAUAUUGCUGGCUGAAUUAAAUAGAUUGCGCCAGGAAAAUGAGCGCUUGCAUACAGAAAACGAAGAAAUGAGGAGAAUUUACGGUAACUCUACCGAGGCUAAAGUGUUGUGACGUUUUCGUGCAGUCAUCUGCUGAAGACGCUGUAGUUGAUUUAAAGUUUCAAAUUGUGCGCUACGAGGAAUUCUGUGAGUGGUCAAAAAUGUACAUUCGAAGGAAAGAAUCACUGUAAAACUCAAAAUGUAACGUAGGGACUCUCAGAAUUUCAAUCAUAAAGCGCGGUAAAGUUUUGUUAAUAUAUAAACUAAACGUUUAGUUUUAAAAUAAAAUAUUGGUGUGUAGUGAUUCCGGAAGGUAUCAAUCGUGUAUUUUUUGUCGCUCUUUGUUUACGUUGAAAACGCGCUCGAUAUCAUCAUUCUCGCUGACUCCAUUGAGACAAGACCUUUACAAAGUAAUGUAUUAUUCACAAGAAACGGGAGCGAAAAUAAAAAAUAACGAAUGAUUAGUGAAAAUGAAAGUUCAGCGUUGUUGAAUUGAUGUAUGGGAAUUAAUUUAUCUUUCCUUUGCAUAAAUAUAUUUAACGUGACCGCACUUGAAACUAAAAUUAGAAAGGGUAUAACAGCGUACACUGUUUCAGUAGUGCGUUCGGGAAAAUAAUUUUGCGACUUAUUUGCUGUGUAUUGGAUAUAGAAAUGGCUGGCAAAGUUAGUGCAAGAGUAGAAUUAUGAACAGAACAAGUGUUCAAGUCUGGUGCUGGUGCCAGCUGACCCACCCUUAAAAUAUCGAUUUUACCUUCAUCAAAUUGCGGUUAACCAAUUUCGAGAUACAUGUGGAUAUUUACUAUUUUUAAAUCAAAACAAGACCAAUCAGGUCUGGAUAACAAAAUCCUUAUUAAGUUAAUGCACCUUUUUCGACAACAGUACUCUUGUUUUUUAAAUAGGUUUGACCUUAAGUCAAUCAGAGGAAAUCCUCUUUUCCAGUGAUAGACAAUAGUCAAAACAGUAAAUAUCUCUAUGAAUGUUCAUGUCACCUCAUGAAGAAUCUGAACAAAGAACGUUGCUCCUUGAUUUUCUGCUUAAGACAACUCAAGCAAGUAAUUCACAAGUUGAGAGUGCAGUGAGAAUCAAGGUCAGAG